UCUUUCUUUACAUCAACUGGUAGGCAAUUCUUUUUUGUCUGUAUCACGCCACUUUCAGGUUUAACUGUCCAGUGGUAGCACGAGCCUCUUUGCAAAGAUGCCGGUCGACUACAGCAAAUGGGACGCCCUGGAGCUCAGUGAUGACUCUGAUAUCGAAGUUCACCCCAACGUCGACAAGAGGUCCUUCAUUCGCGCCAAGCAGAACCAGAUCCACCAGGAGCGCCAGCAGCGGAAGCAUCAGAUCGAGACGCUCAAGUAUGAGCGCAUCAUCAACGAUGGCCUGAUGAAGCGCAUCUCGGCGCUCCUGGCCUCGCUGCGAGCCCAUGCAUCCGAGGCAGCCACCCGAAACCCCGCUGAGGUUGCUUUCCAGGCCGUGAUGGAGUCGGCUGGGAACCCUGGCGACGACAAGCCGCCGCCACGGCCCGAGGGUGUCCACAGCGACGAAAAGGAGCUCCCCACAUACUCCAAGAUGAUGGCCACUCUACUGGACCAGGUCAACAAGGCCCUGGACGAGAAGAAGCCCGAGAGCAGGUACGAUGGGAUGGUCGCGGAGAUCCAAGAGCACGAGAACAAGGUCAAGACUCUGCAGACAGAGCUUGUGGCAAAGCUGGAGGAGCUGCAGAAGGAGGAGGGCAAGAAGAUUACCAGCGAGGGUCUCCACACUGGGUUCAACAGCUCGCAUGUCAACAAGUCGAAGCCCGCAGACAAGCCGGAGGGUACCCAGGUGGAGCUCCUGAACCCAGGCUUCGCGACUGCCUCUGGAUCUGAAGGUGCGAAUGAGCCGGUCAAGGUGGACAAUGAUGACGAAAUCGAGUCGUCCCCGGCAGGCAAGAAGUUUGGAACGAUCCGGGCCAAUGAUUACUCGUCGAGUUUGCAGUUCCUGUCACAGAACCCCCAGAUUCUGGUGGAGAAGGAGACCGACGGGCUGCUGGUCUCGGCAUUUGAUGCCGCCCUUGAGAACAAGGACGACCUCGCUCGGCAAUACGUGCACCAGGCGUUGCUCCUACAGUACUGCCGUGCUCUGGGUAAGGACGGCGUGGGCCUGUUUUUCAAGCGAAUCACGACCAAGGGCCACCAGGCACAGGAGGUCUUCUACAAGGAUGUCCAGGACACAUUCAUGAAGAUCCGAACACGGUCACGGGAGAUUAUUGCGGAACGAGCCAGGGACGGAGAGGCGGAGGGCGUGGAGCAGAUCCAACUGCACGCAGUGGAGCCCGGAACGGUGAUCCAAAUCAAGGUGCCGGCGGCGGACAGCCAAGACCCGGAGGAGCAGGAGGCCCGCAAGGUCUACGAAAGCUUCAAGCCGGAGAUGAAGAAGGCCCUGGAGUCGGGAAAGCUGGACGAGGUGAACAAGGUGCUGGGCAACAUGAAGGUUGACGAGGCUGAGGAAUUGGUCGGUCUAUUUGGCGAGGCCAACAUCUUGAGUUUGGAGGAACAGAUUAUCGAUGCGACCACGGAGGAGGGCCAGAAGCAGCUCAAGGAAAUUGAGGCUGCGGCGGCGGAGGGCAGCACGCAGCCGAAGUAUGCCGACCCGGAGUAAGGAUGUUGACCAUGGUGUGUGAUACGGUGCGAGGAUACCAUUGAACACGGGUGGGAUGCAGAUCACAUAAGCAAACGCAAGCAAAUAUCACGUACGUAGUACAUGUAACGGUAGUUGGCGGAUGGGUGCAGCAGUAGCUACAGUAUGGUGGUGAGAAACCAGCUCAAUGAUGACCAACGUCGACCCAAA